UAAUAUUUGAUUGUUACUUGUGUACACAUUUUUCUAAAAAAACAAUAGACAAUUUGUUUACGAAUAAAAAUGAGAAUAAGUAAACGUUAAAAACUGUGUGAAAUAACUUCCGAGAAAUGGCAAAAAUAUUAACAACGGAUAUAUCAAAACAUUUACAAAGAAAUGAACGAAUAUUUAAUAUUUUCACUUAUAUAUUAAUUGCAAUACUUACAAUCAGCGGUUUUUAUUUACUAUUGGACUGGCGCAACAACAGAAAUGCGUUGACUUACAGCAAUAGCUUUUCACUUGAUUUGGAUCAAAUUCGUGAAGUGACUUUGUCAGCAGAUUCGCCAGAAACACAACCAAGAAAUCCAAAUUGUAGUGUAUGGAACUGCUUGAACCUAUAUCGUUGCGGUCAGGAAGGGCAUAACAGUUUGACUGUAUAUAUAUAUCCUAUUAAAGAUUACAUAAGUGAACAAAACGGAAAGUCUGCAUAUACUCUUACGAAGGAAUAUUAUGAAAUACUCAAAACAAUAGCUAAUAGUCCCUAUUAUACAUCUAAUCCAAAUAAAGCUUGUAUUUUUUUACCAAGCAUUGACUUACUUAACCAAAGAUUAACUGAACCUGCACUUGUUAAUAGAGCACUUGCAUCUUUAGAUUACUGGGAAAAUGGUGAAAAUCAUGUACUAUUUAAUAUGCUUCCAGGGAAUAAUCCGAUUAAUACAGAUAAAUCAAUCGUAUUUGGAGGAAGUUUUAAUUCUUGGACAUAUCGUUCUGACUUUGAUAUAUCAUUACCUGUCUGGAGUCCACUUUUACAUUCCAUUGGUAAAAUAAACUACGAUUCUUAUUUACCAAAAAAAUAUUUUGUAAUACUGGGUCAGUUAAAUAUUUUACCAGAAUAUUUUCGCAUUGUAAAAUCACUGGGACAAAGUCAUCCAGAUGAUGUGUUAGUUUUAGAAGAAUGUCAAAAUAAUGAAGUAAAAUCAUUUAGGUGUGAUGCUAAUUCCGAACAAAAGAUUUUUCAAUAUCCUAACGUGUUAUCAAAUGCAACAUUCUGCUUAUUGGCACGUGGUUCUUAUCUGGGUCAACCUGAUCUUAUUGAAAUGCUUGCAUUUAAUUGCAUUCCUGUUAUAGCUAUAAGUAAUUAUAUCGCACCUUUUGAAGAAGUUUUGGACUGGUCUUUGGCAUCUAUACGUAUACGUGAAGAAGAACUAAGUUCUGUUAUGGAAAUACUGUCUUCAGUUACUCAGUUCAAUAUACUUAGUUUACAAAAACAAGGACGUUGGCUAUAUGAAAAAUAUUUUAAAGAUAUCUCUACCAUCACACUAACAGCACUAGAACUUUUAGAAGAACGUAUUUUUCCACAUCAUUCUCGAACGAUACGGCAAUGGAAUGCAUUUGAAAAUAAUGUUGUAACAAAUCCAAUAUUUCUACCAAUAUUCGGACAGAAAUCACAAGGUUUCACAGCGGUUAUACUCACGUAUGAUCGCGUUGAGAGUCUAUAUGCUCUCAUACAAAAGUUAACAUUAGUACCAUCCUUACAGAGUAUGCUGGUAAUAUGGAAUAAUCAACAGAAGUUACCGCCACAUCUUUCUUCAUUCCCUUCGAUUACAAAACCGUUAAAAGUAAUUCAGACAAAAGCAAAUAAGCUUUCUAAUAGAUUUUAUCCUUAUGAUGAAAUCAAUACAGAAGCAGUGCUCACUAUUGACGAUGAUAUUAUAAUGUUAACGGCAGAUGAAUUGGAUUUCGGUUUUGAGGUAUGGCGUGAGUUUCCUGAUCGAAUAGUCGGUUUUCCAAGUCGUAAACAUGUAUGGGAUAAUAGUACUCUACGCUGGCACUACGAAUCAGAAUGGACGAAUCAGAUUUCUAUGGUGCUUACAGGAGCUGCCUUUCAUCAUAAAUACUGGAGCAAUAUCUAUACAUAUUCAAUGCCAAAUGAAAUAAAAACUUGGGUAGAUGAUCACAUGAAUUGUGAAGACAUAGCCAUGAACUUUUUAGUGGCAAAUAUAACUAACAAGCCUCCAAUAAAAGUAACACCUCGUAAGAAAUUUAAAUGUCCGGAAUGUACGAAUACUGAAAUGCUUUCGGCAGACUUAAACCACAUGAGAGAACGCUCUGCUUGUAUUGAUCAUUUUGCCCGCAUAUACGGUCGAAUGCCUUUACGAAGUGUUGAAUUUCGAGCAGAUCCAGUACUAUUUAAAGAUAAUUUUCCCGAAAAGCUGAAACGAUUUAAUGAUGUUGGUAAUUUAUAAGUACCUCGUGCAUAUUAUUAGUGGUACAAAUUCAAAUAUGUUCUGUAUUUGCUUAGCAAAUACUUAUGUGUAAACAAAAGAAUAGUAGGAAAUGUUUUUUUGACAUAAAAUAAUGUCAACAUCGUAUAGGAAAUAUAUAAAUUUAUGAAUCUUAAUAUAGUUAUAACAUUUUUUUGAAUAUUAAAUAUCAAGAAUGUAUGUUGCAUUUAACUUACUUUAUAAAAGAAAUAAAAGAUAAAUUUUAUGUAAUAGUGACAAUUUUAUUAAU